CUGAACGAGCCGUCGAGCCUGUACAACGGUUCCGAGCGCGGAUGCCCGGCGUCGACACUCGAAGAACCACCGUACCUACCCGGUGAAGGAAACGAGGCGCUGCGCACCAAGACGCUGUGCAUGACGGGUCGCCACUACUUGUCCAGGCACUACAACCUGCACAACCUGUAUGGGCUGACGGAGGCGCUGCGCACAUACGACUCCCUGCGUCAGAUCCUUCUGCGGAGACCGUUCAUCAUCUCGCGGUCCACGUUCUCGGGUCAGGGUCGGUACUCGGGCCACUGGAGCGGCGACAUCGAGUCCGACUGGGACGCCAUGCGAUCCUCUAUUCCCUCCAUGCUGACGUUCAACAUCCUCGGCAUUCCGUUGACUGGCUCUGACAUCUGCGGAUUCUGGGACAACACGACUAGCGAACUGUGCAACCGUUGGCACGCUCUUGGCGCCUUCUACCCGUUCUCGAGGAACCACAACGCCAAGGGGAACCUCGACCAAGAUCCGGCAGCCAUGGGAGGGGCCGUAGCCGCCACUGCCAAGAAGACACUCAAGAUCCGCUACUGCUUCCUGCCCUACCUGUACACCUUGUUCUACCGCAGCCACGUGUUCGGCGAGACGGUCGCCCGGCCUCUGUUCUUCGAGUUUCCCAAGGAUGUAAACACCUACGCCGUGGACACGCAGUUCCUGUGGGGCAACGCUCUGCUGGUCCUACCCAUCCUGGAGCCGAACGCGACAAGCGUGAAGCCGUACCUUCCCCGUGGCAUCUGGUACGACGUGAUGCUGGGUCUGCCCUACCACAGCGCCGGAGAGGACUUCCAGAUGUCGCCGCUCAACGACUCCAUCUGCCUGCUCAUUCGCGGAGGUCACGUGGUGCCCUCGCAGGAACCGGCGCAGACCACUGCCGCCAGUCGACUCAAGCCGUUCAACCUCCUCGUGGCUCAAAACCAUGACGGGCUGGCGGCGGGCGAGCUCUACUGGGAUGACGGGGAGUAUGUCGGUUCCUACGAAAAGGGCGAGUACAGCCUCAUCAAGUUCGUCGCGGUAAAGAACACGGUUUCCAGCAUGUGUGUGCAUUGCGGCUACGACAGCAUCAUGCUGCUGAACGCCGUCACAGUCUACGGAGUCACGGACAAGCCGCGGGAGGUGCACUUCAACCGGCUGCCCACCAACUUCACCUACAACCCGGCGGGACAGUUCAUGAAGGUCUCCAGCCUGCAUUACCAGCUGACGAAGCCCUUCGUGCUAACGUGGAACCGCUGAAGAGGCGUUUCCUGCGGCGGUGUUCGUCUUUAAAUAAACUCCCGUGGACACCACCCAUCGUGCGAAAUAACGUUUAAGGGGCUU